CUGAUAACUGGUCUAUUAUGCUACUUGGCUAAAAUAAAAAGGUUCCAGAAAACCAGUCGCUGAUCUCCGCUGGACAAACCCGAGGACAGAAACAAUAAAAGGUCAGAGCGCCAUUCUGAGGUGUGAGAUGGGAGUUUGGCUUCGCAGCGUGAACACGGAGCUGAAAAAUCAGGAAGAAAACAAAAUCAACUGAGCACAUACACAAACCCACAACGUGCCAACAACUCACCAGACCCAGAGAGGUAGUUUGCCUCUGCCGACGGGACUGCUGUGUGUCGACAGUGACACCCACCAUGUCAGAUGCCCCUGAGGUCGCGCCUCCCACUCCCCCACCCCUUACCAACCCUCCCCCUCCCGAGGUCACCAACCCCACCAAGCCUGGCAGGAAGACCAAUCAGCUGCAGUACAUGCAGAACGUGGUUGUUAAGACUUUGUGGAAGCAUCAGUUUGCCUGGCCAUUCUACCAACCGGUUGAUGCCAUCAAACUCUGCCUGGCUGAUUACCAUAAGGUGAUAAAGAACCCCAUGGACAUGGGAACCAUUAAAAAACGACUGGAAAACAAUUACUACUGGAGCGCCAGUGAAGCCAUGCAGGACUUCAACACCAUGUUUACUAACUGUUACAUCUAUAACAAGCCUACGGAUGAUAUUGUCUUGAUGGCCCAGGCCUUAGAGAAGAUCUUCUUACAGAAGGUUGCCCAGAUGCCCCAAGAGGAGGUGGCUUUGUUGCCCCCUGCUCCCAAAGGAAAGACCAAAAGCAAACCACCUGCCCCAGCUACCACAAUGAGCCAGCAGGCUCAAGCUGAAUCUUCAGCCUCUCCCCCCACCUCCUACCCCUCCCCCUCCCCCUCCCAGACUCCCGUCAUCUCGACCACACCCACUCCUGUCCAGACUACGCCCCCUGUGUCUGCUCCACAGCCCUCGGCAACCAUGAUGCCCUCUGCCCAGCCUGUCGUCAAGAAGAAGGGGGUUAAGAGGAAAGCAGACACCACCACUCCGACCACCUCAGCAAUUUCGGCGGGUCGGGCCGACUCUCCGUCCGGUCAGGACCCUAAGCAGGCUAAGCUGGGCUCUGCCCGCCGUGACUCCUCCACACGACCCGCCAAGGCCAAGAAAGAGGGAGAAGAGGGGGGGGAGGCAGGGGGUGCUGUUGGGGGAGGUAGGAAGGCAGGGAGGCUCGGGGAGCAGCUGAAGCAUUGUGACACCAUCUUGAAGGAGAUGCUGUCCAAGAAACAUGCAGCAUACGCCUGGCCGUUCUACAAACCUGUAGAUGCCGAGGCACUGGAGCUCCACGACUAUCACGACAUCAUCAAACAUCCCAUGGACCUUAGCACCGUUAGGAAAAAGAUGGAUAAUCGUGAAUACAGCGAUCCUCAGAGUUUCGCAACUGACGUCAGGUUAAUGUUCUCUAAUUGUUACAAAUACAAUCCACCUGACCAUGAGGUGGUUGCCAUGGCCAGGAAACUCCAGGAUGUAUUUGAAAUGCGUUUUGCCAAGAUGCCAGAUGAGGGUUCUGAGGCAUCAGUACCGUCUACCAUCCCACUGGUCAGUAAAAGCACUGCCUCCUCUGACAGUAGCAACAACUCUUCUUCCGAUGAAUCAUCUGACUCAGAGGAGGAACGGGCCACACGAUUGGCUGAGCUCCAGGAGCAGUUGAAGGCGGUCCAUGAGCAGUUGGCCGUCCUCUCCCAGGCUCCAAGGAAAGGAAUCUGA